AUGUCGCGCCUUCCCGCCCCAGAGAACCCUGUUCCUGACGCUGAGCCCCAGGCUCACGACCGUGCUUCAGACGACUACAAGGAUUCUGACGAAGUUGCAACAGGAGGGAAACCCUCGCUCUUCGUGAGCUCGAUAACGAAAGACGAGCCGGCUGUGACGCGGCGGGAGCUGUGGAGCUACUAUCUGUACUACAACGGUGACAACGGAGUUGGGCCAAACGGGUACUCGGCAACGCUCUUUCAAGGACUGGCCUUCGCGGCAGGUUAUGACCCAACCGUUGGCCCUGGCUCUUCCUGCACUUCCGAAAGCUCCUCGGGAAAAUGCGUUCUCCCCUGGGGUGGCGGGACAAAAUCCGUCACGAGUAUAGUGCUUGUGGCGAAUGGCGUUAGCUUUGCGAUAAUGACGGCAAUUUUCACUACUAUUGGCAGCGCUGCAGACUACGGGACGUUUGGACGCUGGUUGCUGUUUUUCUUCACGAUAGUGUGCUGGGGAGCCCAAUUUGCGAGCAUGUCACUCACCAAACCGUCGCGUUGGGGUGCUGCCAUGGCUUUGUAUAUGGUUGGAUUCAUCUCUUAUGGCGCGACACUCGUCUUCUACGCGGCUCUGUUCCCCCGUUUAGCCCGAAAUACUCCCCGUGCCAAAGAGACCCGUGCGAAAUAUGAAGCAGGAGAAAUCACCAAGGAAGAGUAUGAGGUCGAGGAGAGCAUGCAAAAGAAUUUGGUCAGCAAUAUCAGCACUGCACACAGUAAUAUCGGCUACAUCGUGACUUUGUGCUUGAAUCUUUCGAUUCUCCUUCCCCUGGCGGACAACCCGUUGGUCAACAACUAUACUCUUGUCCUAACAAACGGUUACUGGGUUAUUGUGGGGAUCUGGUGGUUCAUAUACCAGCAACCUCGUCCCGGCCCACCACUUCCCAAGGGAGAACACUACAUCACCAUCGGGUGGAAGCAAAUUUGGGCUGCUUGUCUCCAAUACAAGCAGCUUCCAUACACAUUCAUCUACCUCUUUGCAUUCUUCCUGCUCGCCGAUGGUCUCAACACAACUGGAACGCUUGUUUCCAUCUGUCAAAACGACAAGUUCCACUUUAGCUUCCUGCAGAACACGUACUUGGGACUCUCGCAAGCAAUCACAUCAACACUGUCGACAUUCGGGUUCUGGUAUAUCCAGCGGCAUUGGAAGAUCUCGACGAAGAAGAUGUUCGUCGUAACUAACGUGGUUACUAUCAUGAUCCCACUCUGGGGAAUGAUUGGCAUUUGGACUGGAAAGCUGGGUUUCCACAACAAGUGGGAGUUCUGGGCGUACAACGUCGUCUUUGGGCUAUUCCAGGCACCAUACUACGCGUUUUCGCAGACGAUGAUGGCGGAGUUGACGCCCCCUGGUUUUGAUAACAUGUUCUUUGGACUCUUCGGGCUGUCAAACCGCGCGAGCUCGAUGAUUGGUCCAAAUGUUAUCCAAGCCAUUAUAGACCGGUCGGGAAACAACUGGAUGGGCUUCCCGUUCCUGUUCUCGCUUUGCGUGCUUGCGUCGCUGGUGAUUUGGUUUGCGGUCGAUGUGGAGAAGGGCCGGGCCGACGCGGUUUCGUGGGCAGAGAGUCUGCGGGCCAACAAGUAUGCGGAGGGUGGGCUGGUUACGAAGGAAUGA